AUGCACAAACGGCACCUUGUCUCUGGUCUUCCCAGGGUUCUCCCUCCCCUGCCACCCUCGCCUGCUCCUCCCUGUCUUCCCUGUGUCGAGGGGCAGCAGCGCGCCGCUCCUCACUCCUCCUCCUUUCCCCCGACGACUGCUCCCUUGCAGACGCUCCACAUGGACGUGUGGGGCCCAGCCCGCGUCCGUGGUCAGGGUCAGGAGAGGUACUUCCUGAUAGUUGUUGACGACUACUCGCGCUACACCACGGUCUUCCCCUUGCGCACCAAGGGUGAGGUCCCUGCUGUUUUGAUCCCCUGGAUCAGCCGAGCCCGUCUCCAGCUAGGCGAGCGUUAUCGCUCGGACUUUCCUGUCCUGCGCUUGCACUCUGACAGAGGUGGUGAGUUCUCCUCCGACCUCCUGGCAGCCUACUGUGCCGAGCACGGCAUUGAGCAGUCGUUCACGCUUCCGGCCUCUCCACAGCAGAAUGGGGUUGCUGAGCGCCGCAUUGGCUUGACUUCUCCAACACUGCGUUGGACGGGAGAGGUUGGCGAUGCGUCGCGUUUUCGGGUCUGGGGAUCCCGAGCUUUUGUUCGCGACACGUCCGCGGACAAGCUCUCCCGUCGCGCUGUCCCCUAUGUCUUUCUUGGCUUUGUCCCGGACGCGCCUGGUUGGCAGUUUUACCACCCCACCUCGCGCCGGGUUCUGCCCUCUCAGGACGUCACUUUUGACGAGUCCGUCCCCUUCUACCGCCUCUUCCCCUACCGCACUGCCCCGCUCCCCCCUCCGCCUCUCUUCCUCGCGCCAGGUGCUGCUGUGGUAGACCCCCUCCCCCCUCAGGGUGCCGCUCCCUCAGGUGUGUCCCAGGUAGACCCGGUUGAGCCUGUCGAGGUAGCUGUCGAGUCUCGUCCUGCUAGGGGUGCUGAGCCUGCGCGUGAGGAGCCUGGGGGUGCUGAGCCUGGGGGUGCGGAGCCUGGAGGUGCGGAGCCUGGGGGUACUGAGCCUGGGGGUGCUGAGUCUGGAGGUGCUGAGUCUGGGGGUGCUGAGUCUGGGGGUGCUGAGUCUGGAGGUGCUGAGCCUGAGAGUGCUACACCUGGAGGAGCCCUCUCCUCCCAGCAGCUGCAGGAGAGGUACCUACAGUACUGCCGCCUCCGGAGAGGUGCUGCUGGAGCUGGUACCAGUAUUUCUCCUCCUACCCGGGAGCUCCCCUCCCUUCAGCAGAUCCGAGAGUGGUACACGCGGCGCUGCAGUCUUCGGAGUGGAGCUCCUGGUGCUGCGGACCCUGGAGGUGGAGCUGCUGCUGGUGCUGAGGACCCGAGCAGUGGAGCUGCUGCUGGCGCUGAGGACCCGGGCGGUGGAGCUGCUGCUGCUGCUGAGGACCCGGGCGUUGGAGCUGCUGCUGGUGCUGAGGACCCGAGCGGUGGAGCUGCUGCUGCUGCUGAGGACCCGGGCGUUGGAGCUGCUGCUGGUGCUGAGGACCCGACCGGUGGAGCUGCUGCUGGUGCUGAGGACCCGAGCGGUGGAGCUGCUGCUGGUGCUGAGGACCCAGGCGGUGGAGCUGCUGCUGGUGCUGAGGACCCGACCGGUGGAGCUGCUGCUGGUGCUGAGGACCCUGGCGCUGGUGUCUCUGCUGGUUCUGGAGACGCUACGCGGCCGCGACCGUACUUCGUACCACUUCUUCAGCAGGUUCUUGGUCAGGCUCCUCCUCCUCGUCCUCCUCCCUCCGUAGAGUGUCCUCCGCCUGUCCAGUCGCAGUCACUGUUACCGCCUGCCUCGCCUCUCCCUGGUCCCUCUCCUUACACUGGUCCCACAGGAGGUCUUACGGAGCGUCGUGAGCCUGAGUCUCGUCCUGCAUCGCCUGUUCGUACUGCUCGCACUAGUCGUCGUGUCCCACGUGAGCGUCCUCCUCCUGUCCCUGGCACUCACUACAUGACUCUGCGUCCCUCCACUGCUCCUCAGCGUGUCCCUCUACCGUCUCCUCCUGCGUCCUCUCUACCUACUCUUCCUGACCCGGAGUCUGACUCUCGUCGUGCUGCCAGUCCCACUGUCACGCGUCUCCUCGCCACUGUUGUCACUGACCCUACCUUUGAGUCAUCUGCUGCGUCUGCUCUGGUCGCUGAGUUGGUUGACUUUGCUGCUCGGUGUCGUCUAGACUACGCCGCUAGCCUUGUUGCUGAGUCUGAGUCUGUCUGUCCUCCGUCCGUUGGGGGUGAGUGUGCUCUUGGCACGGACGUCCUUGAGGACAGACAGGAGGAGUUCCAGUGCUUUGCUGCUGCUUUGCCCCAUCUCGUGUCCAUGCUAGUUGCCCCUGAGGGAGACCCGGAUGCACCAGACAUCCCGACCCCACGCUCUUACGCUGAGGCGAUGGCGGGUCCCUACUCCUCUCAGUGGCAGACAGCCAUGGACGCAGAGAUGGCUUCCUGGAAGUCCACAGGCACCUACGUCGACGAGGUUCCCCCACCUGGGGCGAACAUCGUCAGUGGCAUGUGGAUUUUCAGGGUGAAGCGGCCGCCGGGUUCUCCUCCUGUCUUCAAGGCGCGCUACAUUGCUCGAGGCUUCAGUCAGCGAGAGGGAGUAGACUUCUUCCAGACCUUCUCCCCCACCCCGAAGAUGACUACUCUUCGGGUGCUGCUGCACAUAGCCGCUCAUCGCGACUACGAGCUUCACUCACUUUGUCAGAAGAACUGA